CGGUAUUGGAUUUGUGCAAUCUGCAAUCUUGUAAGAGCAAGAGAAUCCCCUUAAUGUGUUUCGUGUAACCGUGUAAUUUAAAAAGCCUUUUCAACGGACAUAUUUAUUAGCAGAAAAAACUUUCAAAAUUUAAAUUAUUUUAAUGUAAUUAACUUUUAAAUAGUUAUAAACUGCUAUUAUAUACUAUCUACACUUCAUCCAGAGCAAAUGGCUUUACGAAAAUGUGUUGGUGGUUGCAGUUUGGGGGUGCCGCUUUAUCCCUUCCCAUCCAGAUGCCAUGCAACAGGAAAUUAAGGUGGUUCGUGGUCAACUGCAAAUAGCAAUUGAAGCACUGGCCGAUCAAAAAGUUGUCCUAAAUCAACUUUUGCAACAGCGUGCAGAGGAGCUGCCUAUCCAGUCCAAAUUCCCCAUAAAGAACGAAGAGCAGCUAAUCAGUUUAAAUGACCAGCUCAACAGCGAAAACAAAAACACUUAUGUUAAAGCUAUGAGAUCGCUGCUGCAACCUACCGGCGUUUUGAAGAAUUUACGAAAUAUUUCGAGCGAUGAAAUAGCAAUGGCAUUCAAUGUCGAUGGAGUGCAGGGCAAAAAGUCCUUAAAAUCCUUUCAAAACUUUUAUAACGCACUACUGGACUCCAUUCCGUUAAAUGAUGGGAAUGGUACUGCAGACGAAAAACUGCGUAAAGCAAUACAGUUGCAAAAAAAACGCAUUUUUAAAAGCGCUUGCAUGUCCAAAGACAAGACACAGCAUCAACAGACACAAUAGUCAAUUCGACUUAAAAUUUCA